AUGGCCAGCCAAGCAGGAUUCUUGACAAUGAGAGGGGUGGAAGAUAUGCUCUUGCCCAUGUUAAGAAAUUGCAAGAAUAUGUCACACUUGAAGAGAGUACAUUCCCAAAUGGUCAAGUUUUCUCUCGCACAAAGCAAUUUCUUGGUGACCAAAAUGGUGGAUAUUUGUGUUCAAAUUGGUGAAAUACAGUAUGCAAGUUUGCUAUUCAGGCAGGUUCUUGAGCCUAAUAUUUUCUUGUGCAAUGCUAUCAUUAGAGCCUAUACAAAUAAACAGAUGUAUCUCUUGACAAUAAAUGUAUACAAGCAGAUGCUAAAACAGCCACAGGGUGAAGAGCCCAUUUUCCCUGACAAAUUUACAUACCCUUUUGUUCUUAGGUCUUGUGGAGGACUUCUGAAUGUUUGUUUGGGGAAACAAGUUCAUGGGCAUGUUUGUAAAUAUGGGUUGAGGUCUAAUAGAGUAAUAGAGAAUUCAAUGCUUGAUAUGUAUGUGAAGUGUGAUGACAUGAGGGAGGCUCAUAAGUUGUUUGACGAAAUGGGUGAAAGAGAUGUGAUUUCGUGGAAUAGUCUCAUUUCUGGGCACAUAAAAUUGGGUCAUUUGAGGAGGGCAAGGUCAUUAUUUGAUGAAAUGCCAAAUAAGAAUAUUGUGUCUUGGACAGCAAUGAUCUCCGGGUACACAAAGUUGGGGUGCUAUGGUGACGCUUUGGAUGUUUUUCGGAGAAUGCAAAUGGUUGGUGUUGAGCCUGAUUGGAUUAGUUUGGUUGCCGUGUUGCCAGCUUGUGCACAGUUGGGUGCUCUUGAGGUUGGGAAGUGGAUUCAUUUCUACGCAGAGAAAAAGGGAUUUCUGAGAAAAACUUGUGUAUGCAAUGCACUGAUUGAAAUGUAUGCAAAAUGUGGGAGUUUGAAUGAGGCUUGGCAGUUGUUUGAUUGCAUUUCAGAGAGAGAUGUCAUCUCAUGGAGUACGAUGAUUGGAGCGCUUGCAAAUCAUGGACGAGCUAAUGAAGCAAUUGAAUUAUUUGAAGAGAUGAUUAGGGCAAGGGUUGAACCAAAUGAAAUAACCUUUGUUGGUCUUCUAUCAGCUUGUGGACAUGCUGGUUUAGUGAACGAGGGUUUAUGGUACUUUGACUCUAUGAGAAAUAAUCAUACCAUAGAACCAGGGAUAGAGCACUAUGGAUGUUUAGUUGAUCUUCUUGGGAGGACAGGGUGCCUUGAAAGAGCUCUCAAACUUAUAAAGAGCAUGCCAAUGGCGCCAGAUUCAGCUAUAUGGGGUUCGCUGCUCAGCUCUUGCAGAAUUUAUCGGAAUCUUGAAAUUGCCGUUGUGGCAAUGGAGCGUCUCUUAGAGCUUGAACCAGAUGACACAGGGAACUACGUCAUGCUUGCAAAUAUUUAUGCAGACCUUGGAAAGUGGGACAGUGUUUCAAGAAUGAGAAAAUUUAUUCGAAGUAAGAGCAUGAAUAAAACACCUGGUUGCAGUUCGAUUGAGGCGAACAAUUCAGUUCAAGAAUUUGUAUCAGGAGACGAUUCAAAGCCAUUUACCAAGGAUCUGUAUUGGAUACUGAAUCUAAUAGCAUCGCAGCAAAGUGAAACCAAUGAUCAGAUAGAUGCCAUAACCAUGUUAGAAGAUAUUAGAUAAAUCAUGCAUGGUCAGAGAAGCAUUCAAAAUUUACUUUUGCAGUAUGCCGUGGAAACUGCAAACUGUCAUUUCUGUGCUCUCUUCAGGAGUUCUGUUGGUGGAAAUGGCUUUUCAGUAAAAACACAUGGCA